AUGAAGAGUCUCUUACUUCAAACACUCUUGGUUGCUACGGCUCUGGCUGCAGCCGUUCCCCUCCCACGACAGGCUGAAGGUCUCGACGUCGUCAAGACUGUGGUCUUGAAGGACGGUCAAGUACUAGACUGGGUACGAAGGGAAUCUCAAGAUGCCAACUUCAGCCUCCCCCUUGAUUGGAGCUCGCAACGAAAGACCAACGCACUGGCAGAAAAGUUUACCAGUUUAAUCCCGCAACAUCUGCGCGGUCCCGAGGGCACGGUUCCUAUCCCGCGCCCCGGGCUCUCGCUUCUGCCACCGAAGCAACUGCGGCCUAUCGGAGGCCCUCAUGCUCCCACUCUUGCGAUGAAAUUGUCGUCUGCCAGUCAAGAUUAUACUGGAGAGCACUGGUAUGCCAGCACGAGCAAGCAAACAAAGGUGACCGGCGGCGGCGGCGGGAUCAGCAUGUUCGAACCCUACUUGCAGUCACAGCAAGAGUUCUCUCUCGUGCAGACCGCCAUCGUUCGCUAUGAAGCCAAGACUGUCGAGUUUGGCACCAUACCGCAGUCGCUCGAGGCCGGUUGGAUGUAUUACCCGCCGCGCGGCCCCAAGCCCAUGUUUUUCGUCUUCUUCAACACCAACGGCUACCACGGCGUUGGUGACUACAUGUGCGGCUGGAACACAGAGCAAAAAGGAUGGGUGCAGGUGGACGACUCCAUCUACCCCGGCAUGUCGUUCGAACACAUGUCUGUUAUUGGCGGCGAGCAGCAUGACUUCGAUGUCCACUUCCACCUAAGCGGCGGAAGGUGGUGGUUGAAAGCCUUUGGAAAGGACAUUGGGUAUUACUCGGCGGACCUGUUCAGCAAAAAGUCCAAGAAAGAGGACACUCUGGCUUCCUACGGCGAUCGGAUUGACUUUUACGGCGAGGUAUAUAACAGCGGCCCGGCUUUGACGACGACGGACAUGGGCAGCGGAAACUUUCCAGAGGCUGGAGAUGGCAAGGUCGGAUACGUCAAGAACAUGGUGUAUCUCGAUGGCGAUGGCAAACAGCAGAUGUAUAGCGGCUACACUCAAGAAAGUGACGCGUCGCGCUACAGAAUCAAGACAUUCUUCAACUCGGGUACAAGCUGGGACUCGUACGUCUACCUCGGCGGCCCCGGUGCUAAUGGCGUCGUUGGUGGUUGA